ACGGAAUCUUGUACUAUUGAGUUUGAAUUCAAGUUUGAAACCAACAUUUCCGUAGAACUCUAACGCCGUCUUUUGAUUAGCGUGUCGAAGCUUUGGCAGAUUUAGCUUACUAUCUCCACUCUGACGUCCACAUGCCUUCAGUAUCUUGUCCAAUAUGUCUGCAGCUUGUUUUGGAGGAGAACAUCAAUAAACAUUUGGACAGCGGCUGCAGUAUUCAUGUGGCACCUCAAGGAGAACCUUCCUCUCAACCCAAAAACACGGCAUCCAAGAAGUUGGCGCCGAUAUUCAGCAAGAUCCGUGACAAGCACACCAGCGCUCUGGCUGACGGACCUUUAGUACCUCCAUCGAUAACCCAAGGCACGCCCACUACCUCCAAGAAACGAAAGUUUGAGGUGCCAUCACUAUCGAGCAAACGCUUCAAGGGCACGCCUUCUAACUUCAAGUCCGCCAUGCCUCUUGCGGAAAGGCUUCGCCCACAAUGCCUGGACCAAUUUUUCGGGCAGAAGCAUUUAAUUGGGCCCGACUCUAUUCUGACGAGUAUGCUGGACAGUGGUAUUAUUGGCAGUCUCAUAUUAUGGGGGCCACCUGGCUGCGGAAAGACCACUUUGGCAAGAUUAUUGGCACAGCACAUGGACUGCAACUUCAGGGAGCUAAGCGCGACUUCUUCUGGUACGAACGAUGUCCGCGCGGUGCUUGAAGAGGCUAAAGCAACUCUUUCAUUGACUAGAAGAAAAACAAUAUUGUUCUUGGAUGAGGUACAUCGUUUCAGCAAGGCGCAACAGGACGUUUUCCUUCCAUGUGUUGAACAAGGCCAAAUACAGAUGAUUGGAGCGACAACUGAGAAUCCGUCAUUCAGGUUGACGGGCGCAUUGCUGAGUCGUUGCAGAGUGUUAGUACUUGAGCGCUUGACAAACGAUGAUAUCCGAGGUAUUAUCACUAGUGCUGUAGAGCGAGUCUUGGCAUCCGUCCCCCGUGAACAACCAGAAUCUGAAAGAGCAGCCAGUCCACUGGUGGGUACAGAACCCAUGGCAUCACAAAAUAUGCUGUCUCGGUCUCAGCCUCAGUCUGAGUCCUCCCAGGCGCCUAUCAGUUGCGAUGGUCCAUUUCUGCCGUACGUCCAACUCACAGACCGCGUCAUCUCUUCCAUUGUAUCUCUUUCUACGGGAGAUGCAAGGACUGCGUUGUCUUUACUAGAACUUGUUCUGGCUUCUAAACCUGAUAGAGAUGAAGAUACCCUUCUCGCAUCAUUACGCCAAAGUGUCUCUGCUUCUUACGACCGUGUAGGGGAUAGCCACUACGACAUGAUUUCAGCGCUUCACAAGAGCAUCCGCGGUAGUCACGGUAGUGCUGCGAUGUACUGGCUAGCACGGAUGCUGACAGUAGGAGAGGACCCGUUGUAUAUCGCGAGGAGAUUGGUAGUUUGUGCAAGUGAAGAUAUUGGGUUGGCUGAUGCGCACGCCCUUCCUUUGGCAAUGGCAGCUCUUCAAGCUUGCCAGGUUAUUGGCAUGCCCGAGUGCCGAAUCAAUCUAGCACACUGUGUAGGUUAUCUAUCAGAGGCGCCAAAAUGUACCCGUGCGUACGAGGCAUACAACCGGGCGGAGGUAGCGGCAAAGUCAGACCUGACAAUGCCUGUGCCUAUGGCGGUCCGUAAUGCCCCGACAGCCCUCAUGAAGGAGCUUGGCUAUGCAGAAGGCUAUAAUUAUAACCCAAGUUUUCAGCAUCCCGUGCACAAUGACUACCUCCCGAUUGCGUUUCGCGGUGAUAAAUUUUUAAAGGAAGUUGGAGACCUGUCGAACAAGGAUUGGAAUGAACGGGAGUUAUUGCGUUGGGAGCAAGAAGAAAAUGGCGGACAGUUAUGGGAAGGUCGCUCGUCUGCUCAACACUGUCGUUGAACUGUGUAUCGUUUGGCUGUUGCCGAUCCUUCCCUUGAUGCUAUGCCACUGUAUUGUAGGUAAUAUUGCAAUUGAACAACGAGUCUCGGAUGAACCGUUCAAAAGAAUAACCAACUCGUUCACACGUGUCAUGAAAUUCCUUAGCACAAUUGUGGCAUAUUUCCAUGCGCUAGGUGGCGUAUGUGAGCGCGGAUCAUCUUUUUGGUCAUACAUGUACAAUUCAGACGGUUGAAUCGCUAGAGAUGGCAAGAGAAAAUGCAGUACUGGAGUUGCGCCGUUAUUGGAGCACAUGGUUUGAAUGACAAAUGCAAC